AUGGCUAACGUGGAUGCGGCGCUUUUGGAGCUUGCCGUUGCAUGCAGAGUUCCGCAGGAGUUCCACUUCGUGCUGGAUGGUUAUGACGUGCCGCUGUUUGGUUGCCUAGCAGCCUCACACUCGGAAGUGGAUGCCUCAAUCGAGGUACUGCUGGAAGGGGCCGCCUUGCCUGCGGAAUCCACCGAGAAACUACGUCUUAUGUCAUCCUUCCGCCUGCUGUUUCAGAAGUGUCAGUCUGUGACAGCAACUGGUUCGAAUGCGGGGAGUGCGGCCCACGCAAGCAUGACAUCCAAUGCAGCUUCAUGGGUAGACUCUUUCCCGGCAAAAUUGACAGGUGAGGAGGUGGUGAAACUCCGCCUUGAGUUCGAGGCUUCGUACCCAGGAGAGGUCUUGGAUGCGGAUAACACCCCAGGUCACCGGCUCUUAGCGUUGGCCGCAAAGCUUGUUAAACCAGGUGAGAUGCGGUGGGUGGCUUGGAAACAUCGGAUGAGCAAAUCCCAAGAGGAGGCUUUCGCUCUGCGCAGGCCGGCAAAAAUCCCGAGGUUGGAAGAGCUGGUGUACGACGAGAUACCUUCAAGAGAGCUACCUCAAGGCCAAGUCGGCAUGACCUUCCUGCAGGGCAUCUUGGGUCUUUUGUGCAUAUCACUCGCCUUCGUUAAGGGGGCUCACCUUCAGAGCUUGCGGCUUUACGAGCGCAAGUUCAUCCGCUUGGCCUGCCAGCGGCAUGAGGCAUCUUCAGGGCUCCGAAGCCCGAAUAUGGAGGAGCUUCAGGCGGCAGACAAGCACAUUUGGGGCUUGAUUGCAGAUUUGGUCAAUGUCCACAAGUGGAGCCUGAAUGAUGCACUGACGGAGGUAGUGCAAGUUCGCGGUGACUUGGCAGCCAUGUUGCAGCCUCGCAGCCAAAUCUUGAAGAUCAACAGGCAGCCUUUCAAAGGCAAUGGCAAGGGGAAAGACUCCCCUGGUGGUAAGAACGGCAAGGGCAACAAGGGCAAUGGCACCAACAGUCAACGCUGGAUGCUUUCUUACACGGACUCCAAGGGUCAACGCAAACAAUUGUCACAGUCGGUGGCGGAACACUCCGAUGUGCGGACUGGUCGAUCCAGCGAACUUCCGUCGCCGACUUCAGCGGAUUUUUCUUGGGAAGCUUGCUUGGCUAUCCUGCAGAAUCACUGUUUGGGUGAUGCUCCUCUGUACCGAGAUACAGUUCUUGCAGGUGCGCGAUCUCGAGCACAAUAUUUCAAUUUUGGGGCGAGAGCGGGCUCCAAUGCGGGGCUUUGCAAAGGCACAGCAGAAAACGCAGAAUUCGUUGAGUACCUGAACAUUUUCCUUCGGCAGAUUUUUCCAGACGGCACAUGGUCCAGCUUCUGUGUCAGUCACAAUGAGUUCGCUCACAUCCACGUGGAUAAGAACCUUCCGGGAUCUUUGAAUUAUUCAUUCAGUGUUGGGGCUUUCGAGAAAGGCGGUUUGUGGGUGGCGUUGCCGCCAGACGAACUUCCUCACCUUCCACGAGUGUCUCCGCCGGACACAUCAGCUGAUGCCUCGCUGUUGGGUUGCAUAGUUCAGACCAGGAGGUGUGGUUUUUCUUGGGACGGCCGCAUUGCUCAUUGUUCGGAGCCAUUGGUUGGUGACAGAUGGGUCGUGACGGCCUAUACUUCUUGCACUUGGGGUUCAAUGACGGACCCGGAUCUUCGCUCUUUACGUGAUCUUAUGUUUCCGCUACCAGGCGACGCCAUGGUGAUCGACGAGGCGGAGUGUGAGUCUCGGGCUGCCAAAAUUGAUCAGGCACAGCUGGGGCUACCAGUUGCAAUCAUGCCUCCCGACCUUGAUGCAAUUCGAGGAAAUCUUUUUCUGGAGAUCUGUUCUGGGCCAAAUCGGCCUCUGUCUGCUGCCCUCCUGGCGAAAGGUGUUUCAGUGCUCUCGAUCGACAUUCUUUUGCAUGAAGAUCACAACUUGUUGAAUGACUCCACUUAUGACAGCCUCAUGCGGUUAUGCUACAGCGGACAGGUGAAUCUGGCACACGCCUCUCCACCUUGCACGGAGUACUCCAGGCUCAAGCUCCGGGCAGAUGGUGGCCCCAGGGCGCUUCGCACUCCAGAACACAUGUCUGGCGUUCCUGAUUUGAGUCCGUCAGAGCGGCAACGUCUGGAGCAAAGUAAAAAAGUGCUGGUUCGUACAAUCAAUUUGCUGCUGGCAACAUACUGCGCUGGAGGGCAUGUUAGUCUGGAAAACCCUUUGAACAGCAUGGCAUGGUUGGAGCAGGAAGUCCGAGAAUUUCUGCAACACAUCAACGCGGACCUGAACUGUGUGGCUGCUUGUGGCUAUGGUAUGGAUGUACUGAAGCAGUGGUGUUUCGCAUGCAGUUUUCGGGACCUCCAGCAGAUUGCAUGUUGUUGUCAACACGAUCCUCAGUCGCAUGCACAGGUGGCAGGGAUUGUCGACAAAGACGGCGUUUACGCUUCCAGAGCCACUUCGGAGUUUCCGGCACAGCUCGCGCAGGCCUAUGCAGAAGCUGUUCUUCCUUUGUUCGAGACUUCGAGCAAGCCGUACACCAUUUCUCUUGAACAGGUUAGGUUUCUUCGAACCCACAAAACCAAGGAGGAACUUCCCCGAAGCACACAGGACGGAGGUGGGAUCUACUCAAUGCCGGAUUGGAGUUUUCCUCCAAGCGGCUGCAAGGACCUCCUAGGGGGAGUGCGUAAGCAGCUUGUGGAGUACCUUUUCCACAUCAGGGCCCCAUUGCGAUUGCGCGCCCAUGUGGAGUCCGAAAGCGAACUCCCGCUGUUCACAGAGACUGAGGUUCGGCAGUUCAGGGAGAUCUGGCAGCAAUGGUUCAUGCAACAGGGUGUGCAAUCAAUCGAUUGGAGCGUGGCUGAACAUCAACCUUACUCGCUGCUGGCCUUACAAAGCCUCUCUCGAGCCUUGCAAGACAGAGAUGAUGAACUCUUUCCAGCAUUGCUUGCGGGUGUUCCCACAGGUUUCUUCUCGGAUAUCCCGCCCAGUCACGUUUUCAUUCCGAAGCACAAGGAUGACUCUUCCGAAGCCCCGGCGGAGCUUGUGAUCUGUGAUCGCAACUGGAAGGGGGCCAGAGAAAAUCCUAAAAUCCUUUCGGAAUUGAUUGAUAAGGAGAUUUCAGAGGGUUUUCUUGAAGAGCUUGAUCUUGCUUCAGCUCAGCAGCGCUGGGAGAACAUCGCAGUUGCCAAGCUCAACGUGGUUUUGGCGGACAAUCGCAAGCCGCGCUCCAUCAUGGAUGGGACGGUUUCUGGGGUCAACUCCUCUUGCUUCUUGAAUGAGCGUUACUGUCUGCCCUCGCUUAAAGACGUACGCUCUGCCUUUCCACUUCGCAUGAACAACGAGGACUUGUCAGCUUUCAGCUUGGACAUUCGCGCGGCUCACAAAACGAUCCGCAUUCGGGAGAAGGACCGUGGAUUGGCGGGGAUCAAGCUUGAGGACGGUCGACACCUGUGGUACCGAGUUUGCCCAUUCGGCACAGGUUUCAGUGCUCUGUGGUGGGCACGAUUGUCUGCUUUCAUGAUCCGAACUUUUCAUCUCUUGAUUUGGUUGUGUCACGCUUUAGGCAUCUUUGUCGACGACCUAUUGCUGUGGCUGUGGCAAGGCGACAAAGCAAUCGAGAUUUCAGGCUGCCUCAUCCUCAGCUUUUGCCAAGCUUACAAUGUGCCACUAUCGUGGCACAAACUGCAGUGCGGGUACAGAGUGAAGUGGAUAGGAUGGCUAUUCAAUUUCAGAUCAGGAACUUUCAGUCUGCCAACCGACAAGAUUGAGAAGAUUCUUCGUUCAGUGCGGGUCGUUCUGCGGCCAGGCAACGUGGAUCGCUGCGAUCUUGAAAAAACGGUGGGUUUGCUUCAGUGGGUGAGCCAGAUUUCUCCUGAACUCCGCCCCUGGAUGGCAUUCUUGUAUUCGGAUCUGCAUAGACCGGUGGCCACAAACCAUCAUGUGGAUUCUGGCGAGUGGCACUUGCUGCAUGAGUACUUGGAUGAUAACCUGCGGUUCACCAGCCAACCUCCAGGCACAGCUAUUCCACGAGGUGCUCGUCUUUUGUCUGCCAGGCACAUUGAGCUGCACUCCAAGCAGGACUUGAACAAAGUUCCUCUGACUUCACGUCGGAUAUAUAUGCGUAUCUCUGAUCCCAAACAUCCCAAGCGCAAGCUUUCGGAAUGCAGCCGCAAGUUCAUGGAAUUUUGGGAAUCGUGGUGCAUGCGCAGCCCAUUGGAACAGUGCCUGCACCUUCCUCCACGGAGCAUUGCCUGUACCUUGGCAGCGGAUGCUUGUGCUCAGGGUUCCUCUAUCGGGAUAGGUGGUUUUCUGCGUGUUGAGGGCUCACCCGUCUUGUGGUUCAGCGAACGAUUUGAGAAGUCGGAUUUCGAUGACUUGAACAUCCCUCUCGACAACAACACUCAGAAGAAUAUUGGAUGCUGGGAGCUCCUGGCUGAAAUUGCUCUGGCGCUUCUUUUUGCAGAGACUUGCCCGGGCGGACGAUGCAGGCUUCAGCUGCGUACUUUCUGCGACAAUGCCUCUGCACAGGCAUCGGCAAAUCGUUUGAUGACUACGUCAUCCCCGCUCUGCUUUUUCGCUCAGCAACUGGCUUUUGUCGCUUUUAGACACGGGAUUACCCUGGACGUGCACCACAUUUCGGGCUUCCGCAACGAGGAGGCAGAUUACCUGUCCCGCUGGAACGGCACGGACCCUCUUUUGCCCGAGUUCGCUGAAACCUUUCGCUAUCGCUACCCAGUCAAGCGCAUGUGGCAGUCUGACCAUGAUGUGAGAGUGUUCCCGAAGGGCACUCGGCUCCUGUGGAGUCCUCCGUGA